UGCCAGCCCUUGUUUCGAAUUACUUUUUCAUUACAGCAAAGUAUACAAUUACCUACGAUACCACAUGUACUUUCAUGUUUCUCGUCGAGCAUCGUGUUUUCAUUGUCAGACAUGACACUUGGCUCCGGCUAGCACUCGGUGAACAUAGUCUCGGAUUCCACCCUUGGAUACUCCUUCUAAAGCACUUUAUAGUCCUUCCAGCAUCUGGCAGUGUUACCACGCAUCCAGGUGCUACUGAAACGAGUAGCCGCCUCGUGGCAGCUCGAUCUUUUGAUUGGAAUUAAAAAACCACGACAUACUCGCGUCGAGUAUGCAGAAACUGCAGGAGUAAACGCACAAACGAACAAGCGCUCGAUGCGCCUCCGCAAAGCUCGAGCACUUAUUUUUGUCCAUGAACAGCUCGAUCGACUUCGCUAACCACUAUCCCAACAUCUUCCCGAUCACCUCGAUUCCAAACUCUAUUCGAUACGCGAACACAUUUAGUAUCCUUGCCAGCGUCCCGUACACUUGGGUAUCGGGGAAGUCGAGCCAUGUUCUGCUAGAACGCCGAUCCGAACAGUGGCAGGUCCAAUCAACCACGAAGUUUGUAAUCCACACUCCUGUGACGUUCAUUACCACAUCAGCAGGCAAUGUUCCUUAAAGAGCUCCCAGCAGGAUCAGUGCGAAUGUGCAUGCACGUCACUCGAUGUCCAGUGCGUACGGGAACGAGAAAAGGCCGACAGACUCUCGCUGCUGCUGCUGGACCUGGACUCGGGCAGUUUUUUAUUGUACACGGGAAGUCCCUCGCUCCCUCGCUCGACCAUGAAGUGAACAGCAGGCCAUGGCAGCAGGACCACACCAUGUGCAAAAUGAGCUCUGGUCUCGGUCAUUGGUUCUCCAAGGCUCGUGAAACGGUGGACUCGAAGACGACGACGGCGGCUCUCGACGGCCGUCGGUAG